CUAGAGUAAUAUUAUUUAUCUCGGGCACCGUCGAUCUGGUCGAUUCCGACAGAUUAAAUACCUAAAUAUUAUCAUUUGAUAUUUCUUGACAUGAAAAUGAAACAAAAAUGGAUGACUUGACAUUUGGAUCACACAGGCUAGUUCAUCUGGAUCUUAAAGGAGCACCACCACGAGUAUCUUAUUUCGAAAAGUUGUUUCCACUAUUGAGAACAUGGGGCGCGACUGGACUGUUAGUGGAAUGGGAAGAUACAUUUCCAUAUAACCGCGAACUGUCAAGAAUUGGAAGUAACGGGCCCACUAGCUUGGGUAGUGGAUAUACUGUCCAAGAAGCCCAACAUAUUUUGCAGAUUGCUGGUGAUUGUGGGUUAGCUGUCAUACCUUUAAUCCAAACAUUUGGACAUUUAGAGUUUGUUUUAAAACACGACGAAUGGAGAUCAUUGAGAGAAGUGGAAAAUUUUCCCAGCUCAAUAUGUCCGUCAAAUCCUGGAACGCUGCCUCUGGUAAAGUCUCUAGUCCGUCAAAUAGUUUCCUUUCAUCCUGACAUCCAGUACCUGCAUAUUGGAGCCGACGAAGUUUGGCAUCUGGGUCUAUGUGACGUCUGCUCCAAACGAGCCAGCUUGAGCAAGCAUGGAAAAUUUUCUCUUUACCUGGAACAUGUACUGGCAACUGCUCAGUAUAUUAAGGAAAUGUACCCGUGCCUCAAAAUUAUUGUCUGGGAUGAUAUGAUGAGAUCUAUUGAUUUAGAAGCAUUGAAUGAACACUAUGUUGGAAAGUAUGUUGAACCAAUGAUAUGGCAUUACAAUUCACGUGAAACAUUUUCUUUGACUCAAGAAUUAUGGAAUAAAUUCAGUGCAGUAUUUCCAAAUAUAUGGGCAGCAACGGCUUUCAAAGGCGCAACUGGAUCAACCCGACAAAUCCCAGUGAUAAGUCACCACAUAAGUAACCACGAGCGGUGGCUGGAGGAAUUGGGGACUCAUGUAAACAAAGUUAAUGAAUUUCGAGGUACAGCUUUUACUGGAUGGUCGCGGUAUGAUCACUACGCGACAAUGUGUGAAUUAUUACCCGCAGCGAUACCCUCGCUGGCGCUGUGCUUGAGAGUGUGGUUGCAUGGAUAUUCGGAACAAACGCAUAUGCAAGUUGCCAAAAGUCUCGGAUAUAUUGAUCAUCCGCUGCACAUUAAUCCACAAAUCAGACCUGCUCCAAUUCCUAGUAAUCUAUCGUAUCCUGGAUGGCAGCUGACCGGCGGUAUCGAAUGGUUUUUAAAUUUUAAAGUAAAAUUCGAUAAUACUGUUAACAGUGAACAAAUAACAACGUGGAUGAAUCCUUGGCAGGUAGCUAAUAAUUACACAAACCCGAUGCAGCUUGAAAGUUUGGUUCCUGCAUUCACAGAUAUGCUGCUUGAACAUUCGUCAUUGGAGUCGUACCUGAAAGUUCAAAUGGAAACAAUUUUUUUUCCACCUAUGAUUGACGAGUGGAUUGGUACGCACUUACAACCGAUAAGAAAUAAAUUAUUAGAAUUAAAACUUACAGUCGAGAACCAGAUUAAAAUAAAUAGUCGCAGAUAAUUUUUUUUUAUCCAAGUUCUUAAUAGAGGUAAAAUUUUUUUUUAAUUCCUUAGAAUCAAGUUUAAAAUUAGCUAGCUAUUGAUUGCGGCUUAUUUUUACUUAAUGAAAGACUGAGUUGUUGAUUAAGCAGUACAGAGAUAAUAAUGAUCGAUGAUCUCACGAAGCGUUCCAAUUCAGCUUAUUACCUAAGAUUAACCUAAUAAACAUUUACAAUUAUUGUAAAUAACAAUAUUUUUCUCUUAAAAAAAUUAUUUAUUUUGUAGUUAAAAUAAAAAAAAAGACAUAAAUAUAUAAAUA